CAAGAACAAGUACCAUUUGGGAAAUGUUUGAGUGAUCCAUGCUGCCCGGCCACACUUCCAGCUAUGCAUUUUUAAGUUUUCAAAAGCCUGUUUUUUAACUUCCAACUCAAUCCAACUCGAAAUAAAACUCAACCCAUCUCGCAUUUCCAAAUCUAAGGACAUCCGAUGAAGCCUAAACUUUUUCUCUUCUUUCUCUUUCUCACUAUCAACACUUACUUUCUCCCAUCACAAAGUGUUGUAACAUCCACAAUCCCACAACAGUUUAGAGAAGCCCCCAAGUUCUACAAUUCCCCCGAAUGCCCCAACAAUAAUUUUAAGGCUGAUGAUUCAGACAAUAACCACAACAAUGACGUUGUCUGCUGGAACGAGGCCAUUCACUUGGCCAUGACCCUCGAUGCUGCCUACAUCCGGGGCUCGAUGGCCGCUGUCCUCUCCAUCCUCCAGCACGCUUCCUGCCCCCAGAAUGUCUUUUUCCAUUUCGUGGCCUCUGCCUCCGCCGAUGCUUCCGCCCUGCGAGAUACCAUCUCCGCCUCUUUCCCGGACCUCAUCUUCCAAAUAUACCCGUUUCGUGAUUCCGCGGUGGCGGGGCUAAUCUCCACCUCCAUCCGCUCCGCCCUCGACUGCCCUCUCAACUACGCCCGGAGCUACCUAGCGGACCUCCUGCCGCCCUGCGUCCGCCGUGUGGUGUAUCUGGACUCGGACUUGGUCCUUGUUGAUGACAUUGCGAAACUUUCAGGCACGCCUCUCCCUGGGGACAAAGUCCUGGCGGCGCCGGAAUACUGCAACGCCAAUUUCACUUCUUACUUCACCCCCACAUUCUGGUCGAACCCUUCACUCUCCUUGACCUUCGCGAACCGGAGAGCCUGCUAUUUCAACACCGGCGUGAUGGUGAUUGACCUGGACCGGUGGCGGGGCGGCGAUUACACGAAACAGAUUGAGGAAUGGAUGGAGCUACAGAAGAGGAUGAGGAUAUACGAACUGGGCUCUCUGCCGCCAUUUCUGCUGGUUUUCGCCGGAAACAUAGCGGCGGUGGAUCACCGGUGGAAUCAGCACGGUCUGGGAGGAGAUAACUUUCGCGGGCUUUGCCGGGCCCUGCAUCCAGGCCCGGUGAGCCUACUCCAUUGGAGUGGGAAAGGAAAGCCAUGGGCCCGGCUCGACGCUGGCAGGCCAUGCCCGUUGGAUGCACUUUGGGCACCUUAUGAUCUGUUAAAACCUCCGUUUUCAUUUGAUUCUUGAAUUCGUUCACAGAUCGUAAAAAUUCUCGCUAAAAAACAAUUUAGUUUGUUAUUGUUUUCGAAGGUAAAUGUCGGGAGGAAAUAUUCAUGGUAAAUGUAUAAUUACAUAUUAACACGGAAUGCAAAAUCAUGAUUUCAUUUGAUGAAAUAUAUGUACAUAUAAUAUUGAU